GAGAAGCAAAACUGUACAAAGUAACACAUCGGAUUAAAGUUAAAGCUCUGAACACGUCUUACUAAUAUACCUCACGAAUGCUGAAUAGAAAUGGAUUAACACAGAGCUAGACAUUUAAGAAGGCAGAAUCUUCGGAGUGUAUGUCUUAUAAUGAACUCGUUAUUGCAGCGUUUUGGUGGCCGCUCCCGCCUGCUGGUCCAGUGUUUACUCGCAGGAGGAGCACACAGCGCUCAGCACGCGCUCCUCAAACAGCGAGCGGCAGACUCACACUCCCCGCUACCUGCUUUACUGGAGGCCUUAUGUCAGGAUGAAGCGUGUGUGGAUGACGACACUCAUGCACUCACUACUAAACCACUGGUCUGCCUAUUUCCCACUACGUUCAAGCGAGACCUGCUGUGUUUUCUGCAUCUUCAUCCCACCUUACCACGAGAGCAUGUACUGGCACUGCUCCACUGCCUGUCACAGGACACUGAUGAAGAUCCAUGGGUUUGUGCCUUAAUCAGUCAGCUUUAUAAAGACAUUGAGGAUAAGGAUUUAAAAAAAGUGACACUCCUAACACGAGAAUGUGAACUGAGCCUGAAAGACCUCUGUAAUCGGUUCAAAGGUUCUCAGGAAAAAGGGGGGUGGGACGUAUGUCUGAAUGAACAUCAGACUGAUAAAUUGUCCACAGAGUAUCAGACAGAUACAAGUCAAAAGAAGAGGAAGAGUGAAACCACAGACCUUCACAUGGAUGGAGAGAUGGAUGAACCGAAUAGCAAAAGGAGUAAGACUGACCUUGCAGCCCAAGUUGACACUGAAGACGGACUGGCUGUGGGUCAGGAGGACCUGGAUGUAAUGCAGCUUGAUAAAGAACUGGAAGUAGAUUCUUCAGUAAAACCUCCAGCACCAGAAGAAGAUUGCUCAAGUGUCUUACCAGAUCAUAUAAAGGCAGCUGUUCCUUUGAUAAAAGAAUUGUUGGACUCUGGAAUGGAGUGGGAUGAGAGCUCUGUGACCACACUUAAAGUGCUGAACGAAUGUGAUUCAAAUCAGCUGGAGGUGUUUUGUGCAAUGCUGUGUUUGCCUGAAGCAGCUGAGCAGAGUUUACCACAUUUCUGCAGCAGCAUGCUGGCUUUGUCUCCAGAUCUCAGCCACUCCACUACCUCAGUUAUCAUCAAGAACCUUUUACUCAGCAAGGUUCUUUCCCUCACUGAGUCACCCUCCCGCUGUCUAGUCACUGCUGUAACGUCUCUGUGCAGUCGUUACCCGAGGCCAACCUGUCAGGCUCUAAUAGAACCGCUCCUAAAAGAAGGACAAACGGGCAGUGCCCAGGCAGAACUGCUCUCUCGGCUGGUGAAAGACUUCCUCGAACCCCAUCACAGGCUUCUUGUAUUUCAGAUGACACUUAGAGCUUCCUGGAAUGAGGGUGUGUUGUCAGUCAUCCAUGACUUGCUGGAUUCAAAGAUUGAGCUGAAUGAAGAGAUUUUUUCUCUCUUCAUUAAUCAACUGAGCAGUCAGUCUCCACACUUCACCAAGUCUAUGAAGUUUGCCAAAAUGAUGCUGACUGUCCUAACAAAGUUCCAGUCUCAUGUGAAUGCUGCAUAUCAGCACACACUGUCUUGCUGUAUUUCAUUUAAUGAGACAUUCCUGAAGAAGUCCCUCCAAGCAGCUUUAAAGCGCAUUUGCCAUUAAUUGUACUUUUGUAUAGUUUUAUGUCUAAUUUAAUAUUUAAUUUGUAAUUUGUAAUUUGUUUAAUAUGUAAUUUUUACAAUAUAGCCAUACUUCAUAAUGACACUGUGGUGUGAAUAUUUAGCUACAUCUAAACGUCUGUUUAUUUCAAGUGAUAAAGUAAUUGAAAUAAUUUAUACAUUAUAAAAAUGUCUCUUUGCAAACCAUUUGUGGGGUGUGACAUUUAUUAAAAAAAAAAAACACUUAAAAAAGGUUCUAAUGCAAGUGCGGGAGGACUGUGAGCACUGGGAAUCCGUAAAAGAAUGAUUGCAUGGACCUUAUAAGGGAAGAAGUAUGAGAAUGGUCAGAUGAUUUUAAAAACCUCUUUCUGUACACUAUAUAUCUGAUGAAAACCAUUUAACCAUCUCUUUGUCAAUAAAGACCAUCCUGUGUUCAAAGAUUACAACUGUUUUGAAAAGC